UCUCUCCCACUUCUUCUUCUUCUCAUCCUCCUAGAAACCCUAGCUCGGAAAGAUGCACUGAUACAUUUCUUCCUUUUUUUUUCCGUCGUUAGAUCGAUCUCUGAUUUCUCUCUCUCUCUCUUUUUGUUAAUUUAGUGGGUUUUUUUUGUUGGAAUCUCGCCGGUUAUGGCGUCAUCGGAGGGGUUAGCGAGCGCAGGGGCAUGGUCGUUCAAGCAGAGCUUCGGUAUCGAUUCAUGGCUGCUUCCGGAGUCGAACUUCUCUCGUGACAACGAUUUGCUCGCCAGAGCUCUCCACAAAUCCAUCUCGACCACUCACCACGACCACAACACACUCCUCCUCCCCGAUCCUCUUUCUCCCUCCGCGAUCUCCGAGCCUUCGCCGGCUCUUUCUAACGUCUCAUGCGGUUCCUAUCCGGAAAUCUCCGGCACGAAACGGAAGCGGAACGGCGGUUCUGGUGUUGCUGGUCCCAGUGGUAAACCUCCGAAGCGGAGAUCUCGAACUUCGAAGAAAUCUCAGACAACGUUCAUAACGGCGGAUCCGUCGAAUUUCCGGCAGAUGGUGCAGCAGGUCACCGGCGCAAAGUACAUCGGCUCGUCCCACAACAUUUUCUCUCCGAUCGUGAAGCCGGAAGCUAAGAGGUUCGCAGAUCAGGUGCAGUCGGACCGAUCGGGGCUCCCGACGCUCGAUACGUCGGGUUUUUUGUCGAAUCAUCACCAGGAGAGUCUGGCGGCGGGAAACAACGCGUUUUCCGGCGACGAAAUUGGUUUGAUGGCUUCGCCGAUCACUUUAUUUCCGCCGUGUACGACGGCGGAUGCCGGCGGCUCCGCCGCGGAGUUCGAUAACUACCCAAGCUUUCCGACGCUGGAGUCCUGGAAAGUCAUGUGAUAUGUUGCUAUUAGGGUUUAGAUCAAUUCGGCUUCCUUUUCGUUUCUCUUUUAUGAAUAUCAUCCUCCUUGUGGUUAUGGAGUCUGUUCAUAUUUUUGGGAAAUCGGUGUCAUGGAAUUUUAUGGAAAUUAAUAACUUUUGCCGGUUAAGAAAUUCGGUGUUUGUAUUAUGUUUCAGAUUUUGUUCGAUUAUUUUUAAGAAUU